AUGGACUCUGAGGACAUGUUCGAGCAUUAUAAGGCUGCUGCCGCAUCUUCUGGCAAGAAAAAGGACAACAAGAGGGCCCAAGGGGAGAGCAGUAAAACCACCUCAAAGAAGGCUCAAAUCGAUGAUCCUCCAGCCACCAUCCCUUCGAAGGAGAACACACCACCUCCAUCACCACUCGAGCAGCUGGCCUCAACCCCUCUGGCCGACCAAAAUUCCAAUCCUCCAACACCCGUCGACCAGCAGCCUACUCUUCAUGCCCCUAGCAGCCAAACGCGGCGUAAUCAGCCCGAAGGUUCCCUGUCCAGCAUCGUGGUCAGCUCAGCCAGGGAGAGGAUAUACAAGCUCUCCAAACAUAAACGCAGUCAGGAGGCUAUUACUGAAACCUUUUCCAUGGAGCCUGACCAAAUACUCAAUCGAGGGCUGAACGAGAUAGUUAGCGGACUACUGACCAUGACCGCUGGUUGGCGCCGUGCUGGAGCGAUGGUGUCCCGAGCCAAAAAUUUCGACACUAGGCUCGCCGAGGCUAAGAAAGCACUCGAAGAGAAAAAUGCUGAGUUGCUCGAGAGGAACAAUGAGCUAACUAAACAGAACGUCGAGUUACUUGAGAAGAAUAUGGACCUGUCUAAGCAGAAAGAGGAACUGCUCGAGCAAAAAGCCACUCUGACCGUGGAGCUGCUGGAGGUUCGGGAUGGCCUGAAGAAAUCCAACGAAGACAAAGAAAAGUUAAGGGAAAGCGUCAAACUCAACUACCAGCAGUCCGUACAGCUCGAGCUUGAUUUAAUUGCGAGCAGGCAGGAGCUGGAGAAGCGCUGUGCCAUUCGCCUGGAGGAAGAAGAGAGGGCUAAAGUACCUGCUUCCCCGGAGAUUUCUCUGGCAACAGGGAUAGAUGGUACAGACAAUGAAGCUGGCGCAGCUGUCGACCAGGACGUUCCUCAAGAUCCUCCAGCCCCUUAG